CCAGAACUUGUGCCAGUAAAUCAUAUGAUGGAGGCUUUGCCACAAAUGGUCACCCAACACCUUCGCUGGAUAAUGCAGAAGGACCUUCUCGGACAGGACGUGUUUCUCAUUGGUCCUCCUGGUCCUCUGCGCCGUUCAAUUGCCAUGCAGUACCUGGAAUUAACAAAGCGAGAAGUAGAAUAUGUUGCCCUGUCCAGAGAUACUACUGAGACUGAUCUCAAACAGCGCAGAGAGAUCCGGUCUGGAACUGCCUUUUACAUCGACCAG